UGUAUCGCUCGAUAUACCACGGUAACGUAGAGUACGUGCUUUGCGUCGGAAUGUACCAUUUUACCUUCGCACCGGGAAGGAUUUUGUUGUGACAGGCAGCGAAGUAAGAUCCCGGCGGCGGAGGACGGUCACAACAUAGGUUAUUUUAUCUUGGAUCGACAAUGGCCUUCAGCAAAGGUUAUCGCAUUUACCACAAGUUGGACCCACCCCCCUACAGUGUCAUAGUAGAAACCAGGACCAGAGAAGAAUGCCUGAUGUUUGAAUCAGGGGCUGUUGCUGUUUUGUCUGCAGCAGAAAAGGAGGCAAUUAAAAACACAUACACCAGGAUUGUUGAUGCUUAUGGGAUUCUGGGUGUGCUCCGCCUAAACCUGGGAGACUCCAUGCUUCACAGCUUGGUAGUAGUUACAGGAUGCAGCUCAGUGGGGAAGGUCCAGGAUUCAGAGGUCUUUAGAGUCACACAAACAGACUUUAUAUCGCUGAAGAAUGAUCCAGGAGAUGAGGACCGGAUCUCUGAGGUGCGAAAGGUCCUUAACUCAGGGCAUUUCUAUUUUGCCUGGUCUGCCACUGGAAUUAGCAUGGACCUGAGUCUCAAUGCACAUCGCCGGAUCCUAGAAGACACUACAGACAACCGCUUCUUCUGGAACCAAUCACUGCACCUGCACCUGAAACACUACGGAGUAAACUGUGAUGACUGGUUGCUCAGGCUGAUGUGUGGUGGAGUUGAGGUCAGGACCAUCUACGCAGGCCACAAACAGGCCAAGGCCUGCAUCUUUUCCCGCCUCAGCUCAGAAAGAGCCGGCACACGAUUCAACGUCAGGGGAACAAAUGAUGAUGGGCAGGUGGCCAACUUUGUGGAGACUGAACAGGUUAUUUUCUUGGAUGAUAAAGUCUCGUCCUUCAUACAAAUCCGUGGGUCCAUUCCACUUUUCUGGGAACAGCCAGGAAUUCAGCUCCCAGACAUCUUUGGUCAGGUUGGCUCUCAUCGUGUCAAACUUUCUAGAGGAUUUGAGGCAAAUGCACCAGCAUUUGAAAGACAUUUCACUGCUCUGCGGAGGCUGUAUGGGAAACAGGUGAUCAUCAACCUUCUUGGGAGUAAAGAAGGAGAACACAUGCUCAGCAAAGCAUUUCAGAGUCAUCUGAAGGCAUCGGAGCAUGCAUCAUUCGUAAAGAUGGUGAACUUCGACUACCACCAAAAUGUAAAAGGGGGCAAGGCAGACAAACUUCACAGUGUCCUGAAACCUCAGCUCAGCAAAUUCACAGAGGAGUGUGGGUUCUUUUACUACUCAGGAGAGACGGGUAUUACCAGGACUCAAAGUGGGACCAUCAGGACCAACUGUCUGGACUGUUUGGAUAGAACCAACAGUGUUCAAGCCUUCUUUGCCCUCGAGAUGCUGUCAAAGCAGCUCGAGGAAAUGGGUCUGACUGAAAAACCACAGCUGGUGGCUAGGUUUCAGGAGGUUUUCCGUACCAUGUGGUCUCAGAAUGGAGACUCCGUUAGUAAGAUCUAUGCAGGCACCGGUGCACUGGACGGCAAGGCUAAGGCUGGAAAGCUGAAAGACGGAGCUCGUUCUGUGACUAGAACCAUCCAGAACAACUUCUUUGACAGUUCCAAGCAGGAGGCUAUAGACAUCCUCAGGCUGGGCUCCACACUCAACAGCGAUCUGGCAGACAAAGCUCGGGCAUUGCUCACCACUUCCAGUCUUUACGUCACUGAGCCGGUCUUACAAUCAGCUUCCCCUAGAGUAUUGCUGGGAAUGUGUCAAAGCUACCAGAAAUACACGAGGCCCAAGCAGAUUCGUGUGUGUGUUGGCACCUGGAAUGUCAACGGGGGUAAACAGUUUCGUAGCAUCGCCUUUCGCAACCAGACACUCAAUGAUUGGCUGUUGGAUGCUCCAAAGAAGGCAGGACAUCCUGAGUUUCAGGACAGCAAAGCCAACCCUAUAGAUAUCUUUGCAAUUGGUUUUGAGGAAAUGGUUGAACUGAACGCUGGAAACAUUGUCAGUGCCAGCACGACCAACCAGAAACUGUGGGCAGCUGAGCUACAAAAAAACAUCUCACGGGACCAUAAAUAUGUGCUGUUAGCCUCAGAGCAACUGGUCGGAGUGUGUCUGUUUGUUUUCAUACGUCCGCAGCACGCACCCUUUAUCAGGGAUGUUGCUGUAGAUACAGUAAAAACUGGAAUGGGUGGAGCCACAGGCAACAAAGGUGGUGUGGCCAUCCGCUUGCUGUUCCACACCACCAGCAUCUGCUUCGUCUGCUCCCACUUUGCUGCUGGCCAAUCACAGGUCAAGGAGAGGAACGAUGACUACAAUGAGAUCACACGUAGACUGAGCUUCCCAAUGGGUCGCCUGCUGUACUCACAUGACUACGUGUUUUGGUGUGGAGACUUCAACUAUCGUAUCAGCUUGCCCAAUGAAGAAGUCAAGGAGCUCAUCAAACAGCAGAACUUGGAUGCUUUGACAGCUGGGGACCAACUGUUGGACCAGAAGAAUGCUGGUUUGAUAUUCAGAGGGUUCAUUGAGGGAAAGUUGGAUUUUGCCCCCACCUAUAAGUAUGACCUCUUCUCCGAUGAUUAUGACACAAGCGAAAAGUGUCGCACACCAGCCUGGACUGACCGCAUACUGUGGAAGAGGAGAAAAUGGAACUUUGACAAAACAGCUGAGGAAAUGAAUGUAGUAGGAGCAGCUUCUACUUCUACGGAGAAUGAAGAUGAUCCAAAUUACCCCUGGAGCCCUGGGACACUGAAGUACUACGGCAGAGCUGAGCUUAAGACCUCAGAUCACAGGCCUGUGGUUGCAGUAAUAGACGUGGACAUCCUUGAAGUGGACCCAGAGGCUCGGCACCAGGUUUAUAAAGAUGUCAUUGCCCUGCAGGGUCCACCAGACGGCACCAUCCUGGUGUCACUCUGCACCUCUGGCCCUGACGAUUAUUUUGAUGAUGCACUCAUAGAUGAGUUGCUGGACAAAUUUGCUAAUUUUGGAGAAGUCAUCCUGAUUAGGUUCGUUGAGGAGAAGAUGUGGGUCACUUUCCUGGAAGGUUACUCUGCACUUGCUGCCCUGUCUCUCAGUGCUUCCACUGUCCUUGGUAAGGUGAUCGACAUUCGUCUGAAGAGUCCAGGCUGGAUCAAGAGUCUGGAGGAGGAGAUGAGUGUGGAGAGGAUCUGCGGAAGCAUUCCCACCUCUGCCAGCUCUACGCUGCUAGCGGAGGACACUGACAUGGGUGAUGAUGAUUACGAUAUGGAAGGUGACGUGGAUGAAGAGGUAGAAGAGAUUCUUCCUCAGCACCUGCAGCCGGGAGCAGGCUGUGGCCCUGGAUCAUCCCCAUUGCCUUCUCCCCGUGGAAGUCCCUGCCCCUCCCCCACUCAUGGGGAACCUGCAGCCCCCAGCAGGCCAAGCCGUGCCCCACAACCUUCUCGACCGGCACAAGACUUAAGUCCAUCAACGCCCAGUGAAGAAAUACCAGGACCUCCUGUUGACUUCCAGCCUGGUGCCCCCACAUCUCAAGUUCUGGAGCCCAAACGUCCACCUCCACCUCGUCCCAAUGCCCCUCCAGCACGGCCAGCACCUCCUCAACGCCCACCACCACCUUCAGGAGGCAUGAGCCCUCUGCCUGUUAGAAAGGACGCUGGAGACUGUGGUGAAUGUCCCAGCCCGCUGUUGGGUAGGAGAGGCAGUGAAGGACCAAAAAGUCCCGCUCUUCCUCGGCCAGAUGCUGCAGCAGGUAGAGGUCAGACUGCUGCAGGAGCUCCUGGACCUGGAGGUGCCCCCAGACCCAAUAUUCCUCCUCGAGCGGGGGUGAUUAGUAUGCCCCCUCAGUCUCGCCCACCACCUCCCUCCCACCCCGGAGCCCCCAGACCAAUCCCUGAGGUGCAUCCUGGGGCCCCUCGACCCAUUCAAGACACUCAUCCUGGAGCCCCACGACCUGUGCCAACUCCCCAGGCUAAACCAUCUGACCUGCCUCUGGGUCCUCCUCCUACAGGCCCCCCUCUAUCUGGGCCACCUCCUUCAGGUCCUCCACCCUCCUUACCAGCUCCCACUGGGCCUACCCCUCCAGUGAGGUCACAAGCAGCAUCUCCCAUGCAGCCCCCCAUGCAGCCCCCCAUGCAGCCUCAACCUCCUGCACCUUCUGCUCAGACCCAACUACCACCACCAAUGCAGCCCACCCUUCCAGCUCCACUUCAACCACAGCAAGCAGCAGGUCCUAAAGCAGGACCUCCUCCUGCCGCUGGUGCCGCUGCUCCUCCUGGGCCCCCACAGGCUCUAGCCUCCCCUAAACCCCCACCACGAUCACGCUCAUCUCACGCUCUGCCACCUGAUGCUGCCAAAUCUGAUACGGCCCCGGCUGCCCAGACAAAUGGACUAAAUGGAAUCCAAAGAGAAGCACAAUGGAAGCCCGACCCCUUCGACAGUCUCACAUCUGACUUCCACUCCUCUUCUUCAUCCACCUGGCACAACACCCAGUCCCUGACCAGAGGCUCCUCUUUGCGUGCUCCUCCCGCUGUUCCUGCAUCUGGUUUUUCCACCAGCACUCUCCCAUCAUCCUUCUCUCUCCAGUCCUCCGGUCUGUCAGACCUGCUGGGACUUGACUCCUCCUCUUCCUCAUCCUCUCUGUCCACACCAUCGCCAUUAGCUUCGUCCCUGCUCCCUCCUCCUCCAGUUCCUUCUCGUAGCCGCUCUCAGGAGACGCUGCGUGCCUCCCCAGGGCCUUUCCCAGCUGACCCUCUUCCUGUGCGACCAAGUAGCACCAAUCCCUUCACCGGACCACUCGCACAGCAGCAUCAACAGCAGCGCUCGCUCACUCCAGACUUCAGCAUCCAGCGUCCGGCUCCUGCAGCUAACCUUCAGAGGACCAUGUCAGCUCUGACCCAGCCACUUGUUCCCACCCCUGCAGCUGCACCCACCACAAAACUCCAAACAGCCACGUCCCUGUUUGGACCACCACUUACUCUGAAUCCUACACCUGCUCCAUUGUUUCCACCUGCCUCUGAUCCAUCUCAUGUCCCUGCCUUACCUCUAGCACCACCCUCUUCCAUCCCACCUGCCCUUGCACCUCGUCACCAGCUGCCUCCCCCAGGAGGGAAACCAAACAAGCAGUGGGUUACUUUCGAUGAGGAUUUGGAAUUUCCCCAAUCAACCAAGACACCGCAGGCCCCUGUCUUCCCUUCAAACACCCUAAUGCCCCAAACGCAGGCUCAGCCUUCUCAUUCUGUGUUUAACUCGGAGCUCGACUGGUUAUCCCCAGCUUCUUCAGUAUUCCCUACCCUUCCUCCACCUAUCCCCACUAGGACUGCAGCCAAUAACCCAAAGCUCCCAGACGGUACCAGUGACAGCUGCUUCUUCUCUAGGGAGUCGACAGAGAGAUAGGAUCACCCUCAGUAUGUAAAGGGCAUAUCCAGAUGUGUAUAGAUCUAUGAUACAUGUGUAUAUGUGUGUGUGUAUGUACAAAAGAGACAGUAUUUAAGAAGUAUAGAUCACCCACUGAGUUACAGGACAGGAUUUCUAUAUCCAACAGUAACAUGAGACAUGUAUGAGCCCAAACGUGUUUAACUUUACAAAAGAGAUGAUUGCUCAUUCUCUGAUAUCAGCAUUUAUUUUAAUAUGAAUCAUUCUGAUGUUUGUUUUUUGUUUGGCAGCAAACAUGUGCCUGUGUCUACAGUAUAUAAUUAUAUAAAGUAUAUAUAUAAAUAUUAUACGCACAAAUCAUGUGUGUAACCACCUGUGCAAUAUCAAAUAUGUCUGUGUGGCCGUGCAGCACUGCAUUCAAGAUUUCACUUUAAUCAGCAUUACAUUUACAGAUCAUAUCUAUCAUUGUGACUGAUCUGUACGUCACACAUACAGAGGGAUUAUUAGAGUGGAGGGCAAUAUUCUUCUUUCUGAAUUUUGUCAGGUUUAAUGUGGUAGAAGGCUAUGCACUGCAGGUUAUACAUUUACCCCUAGAAUUGCUGCUUUCUGCAGCAAUCAGAUUGCUUUGACUUGGCAUUGAUUUUUUUAUUUUUGUUUUGUGACUAAAAGGGUUCACUUUGAAAAGUCAUAUUGUAGGUGUGCUUUUACCAUGAAUGUACUUUAUGUUGCACUGGGUUCUGUCUUUGCCUCCUUGCCGAUGCCACAGUGUGAACAACAGCAGUACGAGUCUCUCAAAGUCAGUCUACACUGUUCACCGCUGCUGGACUGACGCUCCAACACCAUCUCACUUGGCAGUCGUCGUUUUCUUCUCUCUGUUCAGUCAUUGUUCUUUGUCUGUGGGCUGUUACGCUUAGCUAACUAUAUUUUGUAGCUCUAUAUCAAAAACUAUACAUAGUGAUUAUGUAUAAAUGUAAGUUUUCAAUAUGGAAACUAUUCGCUAAAUGUGUGUACGUGUGUGUUUGUGAUGACCGUAUCAGUGGUUUGCACAAUGUAACUGAAAUGCACUGAAAUGCUGUAUGUGCUCUCUUGGUUUGAUUCUUAUAGAUGGAGUGACAGAAGUGAGAGCCUGUGGACUGAACAGAUGAGAGGGCUAACUUGUUCAACCUCUGUAGUGUUUUGAUCCUUCUUGAUUCAUCCAAAGCAUCAUAUAAUACUAUUGUUCUAAAAUCAGAGAAUGUGGUUUGUGUGUGAAUGUGUGCAUACUUCUGUUAAAUACCAAGACUGGCAUUUGGGUCUGUGGACAUGUCACCUAGUACAUGUCACACAUUACAACUUUUUUUUUUUUACUUUCGUUAAUUCCAACAAACAUUUUUAAUUUCUGAGAAACUUUGAUCUAUUGUUAAUACUGUGGUAACAAGUAACGUGCCGUGUUUGAGGUGCAUAUCGUCUGUUGUUGUAUGUGAUUGUGUUUGUGGUUGGAUGUGAGUGUGUGUGCAGAGUUGGCAGCGGAAUAGCAGAGUGGACUUUUUUUUUUCCCCCUCAGGAAGUCUUCUCGUGUAUUUGCUUACAGGAUCUGAAAUAACAACCACUGUAUUCACUCACUCGGGGCUGUAACAGUGUAUUUCUGCUCCCCCGUUCACCAGAGGGGCUACAGAGUGGUGUCACUGUAUGCAAAAAUAUUAACAGUACUAAACAACAAAAGACUUUUCCUCCAGAGCACCCACAGUAUGAGAGAGAAUUUCACUGUAGCAACACUAGUGGGAGAGUAUUUCAUUACAGUUUUGACUGAAGACCGGGCUAAUUCUGACCCAAACCUUUCACAAGUUGACAGUUUCCAGUUGACUUUGUGUUCUGUUCUUGGCCCACAUUCCAAACAGUGUGAUUUCAAAUGUAGAGUGUUGGGUUUCAACCUCCUUUCAGCAUUUGCAGAUCCACCUGUGAUGCAUAACUUAGAAACUCUUUCCUCCUGUUAAAAGUAGUCAUUACUGAACUUUUGCUGAGUUUGUGACGGUUCGUAAGGUUUGUCUGUGGUGACAUCAGAGGUGACGUGUCAGUAUUUUUUUUUUCCCCUAAUUCACUGCUGUUAAGUUUUAAAAGUCAGCGUCAGUGUUGACGCUGUUUGACAGCAAUGAUGAGCAAUAGUUUCACAAAAGGAUCAGUGACGUUACAAUCCUCCCUACAACACACCCACUGUUGUAGUCUAAUCAGGUGUUUUCUUCCGAUCUUAAAAUGUUAACAGCCUGAAAAGUCUUGUCUUAAAAACAUUUUUGAUGGUUCACAGAGGAUAAAACAUCAGACCUGAGAAAGGACCAGCUAAAUGAUGCUUCUGCGCUUUAUUUAAACACCUUGUAAAAUAAGUAAAAGUAAAUAAUACUCUUCAUUCACUGCACUAAAAAGCAGUAGCCAUGUAAGCAGGUGUGUUAAUGUUGCCUUCGCUUACAUGUCCAGGUCAAAGUCAGUGUCAUCUCUAAAAUGCAUUAAUUGUGUUAUCCAAAUGUGUGCAGUAGGUGCUGUAUCUGCAUUAACAGUAGGUGACUAGCCAGCGCUUCGUGUCAUGUCAUGUUCAAGAUGAGAUUUUAUAGGAAACAAAUUGCUCCUUUUGUGAGGUCGGUGUCCCUUUUUAUGACUAUAAUCCAUAGUAAAUAAGAGUCUGUGUUGUUGAACAUAUUCUGUACGUAUCAAAGUGAAAACAUGAAGCUGCGAUUCAUGUUAAUAUCCAAGGUUCCAUAUUUUAAGUGCACAGCUGAUUGCACAUUUAUGUGUGAAGCAAUUUAUGUUGUAUGUAUGCAAAAUAAAUGUAAGUUGACCUGAA